UUGCUCAGCGCUGUCAAAAUUAGCCAAUCUGUAGUCGAGCUCCAGCUGUCAAUCAACUCCCGGUUCCGAGUUGGGGAAGGCGUGGCGUUCUCUCGACUGGAGUUCCGUCAUCUCGCUUGUCUCCGGGGCUACGGGUGGGGGGGGCAAUGUUGAUUUGGGCGAAUUCCCACCGUUGCCGGACCCCGCCGAGGUUUAAUUUUAAAAGCUCGGUUCACUAACGAAAACUGGCAGGGUUUCGAUAGGGAAUAUCACACCCCUGCCUUCGGUGUCGUUAUUUCUCGGGCUGGGAGAGAGGUGGGGAGCCCAGGGUGGGCUCGCACGACGGGGGCAGCAAGGAGGGACAGGAUCCAGGCCAACUGUGACUGGCUCGGCCUGACAGUCCAGCAUCUGAGAUUCUACACCGUUAGCUUCCCGUGGUUUCGGGCUGUACAUCGUCUACCGGUGGCUGGUGACCGUGGAGCAAGUGGAGCCCACUGUCGUGGCGCCGCCGCCACCGCCGCAUCACGGAGCGCUUGAUACAUCUGGAUUUAAGGAAUAUCGUUCGCACCUAAUCGAGCUCAGACCGGCUUGAGGAGGCGGCAGGGCGGCCGAAAAAGCCACGGAUCGCCCGUUGUUAACUUGUCAUCAUGGGCAACGCGCCCACGGCAAGGAAGGGCAACGAGAUGGAAAGCGUCAAGGAGUUCCUUGCUAAAGCCAAAGAGGACUUCCUCAAGAAAUGGGAGAAUCCUGCACAGAACACUGCUUGCCUGGAGCAGUUUGAGAGGUUGAAAACCCUGGGCACGGGCUCAUUUGGUCGUGUUAUGCUGGUGAGACACAGAGAAACCGGACAGCAUUAUGCUAUGAAGAUCCUCAACAAGCAGAAGGUAGUGAAACUCAAACAGAUAGAGCAUACUCUGAAUGAGAAGAGGAUUCUUCAGGCUGUCAGUUUCCCAUUUCUGGUGCGGUUAGAGUACUCAUUCAAGGACAACACCAACCUCUACAUGGUGAUGGAAUAUGUACCAGGUGGAGAGAUGUUCUCCCAUCUACGGAGAAUUGGCAGAUUUAGUGAGCCUCACGCUCGGUUCUACGCUGCUCAGAUUGUUCUGACCUUUGAAUAUCUGCAUGCUUUGGACCUGAUCUACAGAGACCUGAAACCUGAGAACCUGCUCAUAGACCAGCAGGGCUACAUUCAGGUGACAGAUUUUGGCUUUGCCAAACGUGUAAAAGGUCGGACCUGGACACUGUGUGGAACCCCAGAAUAUCUGGCCCCAGAGAUUAUUCUCAGCAAGGGUUAUAACAAGGCAGUGGACUGGUGGGCGCUGGGCGUGCUUGUCUAUGAGAUGGCAGCAGGAUACCCUCCUUUCUUUGCUGACCAGCCUAUUCAGAUUUAUGAGAAGAUUGUAUCAGGGAAGGUGCGUUUCCCAUCUCACUUCAGUUCAGACCUGAAGGACCUCCUGAGGAAUCUACUACAGGUUGAUCUCACAAAACGUUACGGGAACCUCAAGAAUGGGGUCAACGACAUCAAGGGACACAAGUGGUUUGCCACCACUGACUGGAUCGCCAUCUAUCAGAAAAAGGUGGAAGCUCCCUUCGUCCCCAAAUUCAAAGGACCAGGCGACACCAGCAACUUUGACGACUACGAGGAGGAGGAGAUCCGUGUCUCCUUCACUGAGAAAUGUGGCAAGGAGUUUGCUGAGUUUUAGAGUUUAGAGGAGGCGACAGAGGAGGAAAGAAGGAAGUAGGGAGAGUCUAAGGUAGGCUGGUCAAGUGGGAGACCUGAGGAGAGAAUACUGUCUCCUGUCCAAUCACAAGCACCAGCUACAAAAAGAAAAGAAUGGGAUAGAGAGGGGAAAAAGCGCAUAGAGACUGAUAACCAGCAGUGUUGCCUUUUCUGUUGCAUUUUAUUUAUUAUUCUGUCUUAUUUAUGGACCUCUGUAAUGAACGUGUGCGUCAGAUUCAUUGGUGUCAGGAACCCCAUUUAUUAGAGUUGCCCCUGCACAUUUUCACCCACUAUUGCCACGACCCCCCCGCCCCUCCCCUUUUACUGUUUCCUUCAUCUUUUAUUCACGUUUGCACCACGGCAUCGCUAAAUCAGUCUGUUUCAGACCUGCAGCAGUCUGCACAUCACGCCAUGAAGCCCAGUGAAUCAACAGCGUUUCUUAGUUAAAGUUAAACUGACAACUAGCUCGCUUUGUACUUUUUGAGUGAGAGGACCAACGUGAGUGAACCUUUAGUCUCACACAUGUAUGCACUUUGGCUUAAAGGUCCAGUGUGUAAUAGUUGGCGACAACUAAUGGUGAGAUGGCAGAUUCCACUCACCCCUUCCAUAACCAAGUGGCCUACUCCUACGGUGGCCUUCGCAAACCAGAAAGGAUGCAAACGCUGUUUUACAACCCUUCACAGUCUUUCACUUUCUCCACUGUGUACGUCUUCUUCUUUGUUUUAAGCACGGGGUUUAUAUGGGGUGGAGUCCAGUGGAGGUCGCUGGUCUAUGAAACAGUGGACGCUCAAUUCAGGCCCAGUUAUUUAUACAGAAAGUCUGCGAGUCUGAGCAGCUGAGCAGUGAUUUAUGCAAUCACCGUCUCGCUCACCACAGUGACACAAGAAAAAACCGGUUCUGUGCUGCCUCACAGAGAUCAACUGAAGCUGAGCUUCUACUGGUCUCAAUGCGCCGUGCUGCUGCUGCGGCUAUGUACGAGUAGAAAAUGGUGUCAGACAAUCUGUGAUAAACAGCUGAUUCUGAGUGGACUAGUCAUAACGAAAGUUGGUCGAGCGAACUCUUAGUCAACAGUGCGUUUUUGACCAUUUAUUAUAGAGGCCGCUGUAGAGCAAUCGCCUCUGGCGGAGUCAUUCUUCUUCGUGUGUGUAAUAAGCUUCUGCUUCCAAAUGUGAAACACGCGCUCUGGCUGGUUUGUCCAUUCUGCAUUGCUGUAGAAACAUGGCUGCCUCCAUAAAGCAAGGCCAUAGCCGAAAGUGCACAGGAAAAAAAGGCUUAUUUUAAGACUAUGAAACCCAGAUGUUUUUGUUUCAAAGCAAUUAUACAUUCAGACAAACAUACUUAUGGGCAGUCUGUUCAAUUUCCUGCCAAUAAAUCCACCUAAAUGUUACACACUGGACCUUUAAAUGACUCUGUUUUGAAGUGAAGUCUUAAUUUUACCGUGAAUAUUUAGACAUGUACCCUGUCAUAUCAUAGACGUCACACAGUGGCAUGUUGAGGUUAAUGUUAAAACAAACACGGAUCAUGUGCUCAAACAAAUUCCAGUCAGAGACGGACGACGACCAAGAAAGUUAUUUGAGCUUAUUGUGUAAAUCCAUCGCUAACCCUCAGCAUAGCAAGGCUGUGUGCAUAUCUACAGCACUCAUUUAAAGUUUUUAAAUGUCAUUAGAUUCUAGUGGUACUAAUGAUGUCACGUCAUGCUAACAGACCAGGAAAUAGGGACAAGGAAACAUCGAGGGAAAUAUCUCAGUUUCAAUGGUGUUGUAAAGGAAACACCGUAUCACAGUGGUAUCUCAGGUUUGAACAUAUCAUUUAAUAGACAUUUUAAUGAGAUAAAAGCAUUCAGAUCAGUGAGUGAAGGAGGCAUGUUCGAUACUUAUUAUAUACAGUAGAUGCAGGAAUUUGAAGUCCCAGGGGGCUUGAAGUUGAAUAUGAGGGAAAAUGAGGAGUUCUGCUGAGUGUCUUCCACCGUUUUCCCCUUUUUCGAUGCAAUUUUGUUUUCUGCUGACUUUAACAACUCUCUGCUUGGUCCAAAAAAAAAAACCCAAAACACUUUUCUUUGCUUAGAGCUCACUUUCUCGUCAGGUUAAUUGUGCGUGUUGAAUCAACCAUUUGGCCCUAAUUCAACUGCAAGUGAAAGAGUACAAUACACAACAACAACUCUGGCGUUCUCAUGUCUCCUGAAGCUACAGUGGCCGAGUUCUUAAGCAGUGCCUGGAAAAGACGUCAUUGUAGGAUUUGCUCGGUCAGAAUAUACGAAUGAACACAAACGUGACACCAGUGUCUGUGACAUUAAAAUACACCCUUAACCCUUAUGAUUUCUGAUUGGGUUUCCGCUGCCGCGCUCUUGUUUUUCGCUCAUCGCUUUAAACUCGGGGUGUUCUUUUCAUUCACAUUUGUGUACAAAAUGUGUUCAGAUGAGGGGAAAAUGUAACGAGCCUUUUCUCCGAAUUACACGAAUGUGUAUUAUGUGUAGUUAUGUGUGUGUGUGUAUCCUCUUUGUCAUAUGGAAUGAUGUGUAAAAUGACUGCAGUUUUGCAGGAUGAGCUAAAGGAUCUGUUCCAGAGCAUAUUUAGGUCAAUGAAGCUCAGUGUCAAUGGCCGAAUUAAUCUUCUACUGCAGGAGCUGUGGGUCCAUAUUAAAACAACAUUCCUCCUCCUUUCUGUACAUUAUGUACAGUCAUGCAAUGUUGGAGUGUUGUGUGACCCCUGGAUCACUGUGUGAUGAGUGAUUUAAACAGAAACUAAUGAGGGAUAUGCACCAUGUAAGCACAGUAUCAGCUGAAUUAAUGGAUGUUUUAAAGGGCCAUUCCAGUGAUUUCUUAUUGCACUUCCAUAAAUGUGACACUUGUAGCCGAGGCCAAAUAUUCUUGAUUCUACAUCUGCUCAGUACUCUGUGGGUUUUUCUUUUUGUUUGUUUGUUUGUUGUUGUGGUUUCGUUUUUUUUUUUUUAAGACUCUCCAAGCCUCAGCUGAGACACCUGGAUGUUGGCACUUCUUUAUUUAUUUUUAUUUCCCCUAGUCUAUAAGACUGGGCCAGGACUAAUUGAUCGCCGAACACAACUGUAAAUUAGCUAUUACUCUGUGGUUCCCGUGAAUGGUCCUAUGAAAUUAACAUUCUCAAUGCAGCAGGUAUGCACAAAAAACAAAAAAAACUACUCGACAGCCUAAAAAUCAUAUCCUAAUGCAGAAUGCUCUGCUAAGUUCCAGUGUGUAAGAAUUAGUGACAUCUCAUGGGGAGACUGUAGAUUAGAACAAAUGGAGGACUCUCCACUCACUCCUCCUUUUCCCGAGCAUGUCAGAAAAUGACAGUGGCCUUCACCAUUAUCAUUUGUGCUUUUAAAAAAUGCAAAAGGAACAUCUUAGCUGGUUUUUGCGUUUGGGGCUGCUCGAGCAACGUGGCGAGGCAAGAUGGCAGCCUCUGUAAAGCUAGGCUUAAGUACACUUAAAAGGCAAUUAACUCUACACUCGUUUUGAUUUAAAGUGGCUAUACCCGUGUACAAACACACUUUGUUGGUAGUGUAUUUAAUCUAUUUGAAUACCUUUUCCUAAAUGUUACACACUGGACCUUUAACUCUCUUCAUGCUGUCAGCUGAAGUAUGGCAUAUUCCCAAAAAAAGAAUCACAAUGAAUGUAAGGAAACGAAAACAAAACGCAACUUGUGAGCAAUUGGGUCCUCUCCCCCGUUCACGAUCCAUCACUACUUCAUAUCCAGAGGUCGACCAGUGAGCACUGUUUGCACUUUUCCCUUCUAUACAAAAGGUGAACCUGCUGAAAACAAACAAACAAACACUGGCAGAUAAAUGGUGUCGAAAGCUGCAGGGUGGCUCCACCUACAUGUAGUUAGAUGCUCACUUGUAUGUUAUCUUAUUUAGAAACCACUUUAUUAUUAUUAUUACUAUUAUUGUUGUUGUUGUUGUUAUUAUUAUUACAUUGUACACCACUUGUUGUGACUUCACAUUUGCUGUAUUUCCUCCAUGUCGGAGUUCAGUGUUGACUCUCUCAUCAUGGACAAACUGUUUGAAGUUAUAAUACAAUAUUAUUCUGUG